AUGUUCAAGCUGCUGCCUUUCGUCUCGAAUGAGCCGAGCUCGCUCGACUCCGAGUCGGAACGACAACACUCUAGCGUCCCUUUCCCGAAUCUCCACCGACGCACGUCGACGACGGCGGCUCGCCCCGCCGAGUCGCCUUACUCGAAAGAAUACGAUUCUCGACCCAGCUCGAACCAGGGCCUCCAGUGGAGAGACCCCAAGACUGAAUCCACGUCACACUACCACCGCAUCGACAGGCGAGAUUCGUAUAGCCGGCUGACGUCCCCCUCGACGCCCUCUGCUCGCCACUCAGUUCGUGUGGUUGCGGUGCUGGGUUGGCUCGUCGCAUUUGUGCUCUUCCUGGCCAUGGCCAUGACGAACUCCGAUGCCGAGUCACGCAAGUCAAGUGUGAUGAGCCUCCGCAACGUCACCCAGCCCUACUUGGAAACCGUUGGAAAACUUGGGUCGAAGGCCGGCUUCGACGUCUCGGCCUUCGUCAGGUUACCUGCGCCGUCGCAACCGUUCGACGGCGCGGCCGCCAAGGCCCACUCGCACUCGGGCACGGCCGAGGUAGUGGAGGGCGAAGCACCAAAGAGCCGAGUAACGUUGAUCUCUGCGUUCUAUCGCAUCGACAGCGGCAAGAAACAUAGGGUUUCCGGUAGGUCACGUGCUCCUCUCGCGAAUAAGAGAUGCCUCAAUCGCUCGUCGCGCGCUGGCCCGCCUGAUCUCGCGUCCGCUCACGCGUCUGUUCUUGCCGCUGGAUGCUUUGCUCGUGACGCAGAAUACCACGCAUGGCUCUCGAACUUUCUGGGUCACGUCGAACUGCCAAUCGUGUUCUACUGUGCCCCGGAGAUGCGCCCUCUGAUCACGGGUCUCCGAGGAUCUAAAGUAAGUGCUACUUGUUUCCCCCUCACUGAUCAUGUCCGCUCAGCGUCCACUUGGCGCGCCAUUCUUACCCUCCCUCUCCAUUCCCUCCCCUUCGCUCCCUUCACUGUAGCCGAUUACCAUCAUCGACUCUUACGAUACCCCUUUCGAUAUGCCUCCGCUUGAAACCCUCGGCGGACGUCAAUGGGCGGAGCUGCAGAACUCGAUCGACCCUGAGCAGAAUUGGCACGUGCCGGACGUUUACGGGGUGUGGACCGCGAAGCCGUGGAUGGUCCAGCAGGUCAAGGACGCCGACUACUACAACUCCGAGUACUUUGUCUGGGCAAGUCUUUUUCUCGGGCGUUGCGGCGGACGUGAUCACGUGAGCCCAUCGACUAAACUUUUGCCACCACUCUUGCUGCACACAGGUCGAUGCCGGGGCUUUCCGCGACUCGUCGGUCAAGCACGACUUUUUGCAAUUGGAAAAGCAGCUCGACCACAUCUACAGCAGUGUUCCGGACGACACUUUGGUGCUUUCAGCCGCUCAGGAGCCCUUUGCGCCUGGGCUUGACUACGUUAACGGCGCUACCGCGGGUGGCGAAUUGGACCGCUCCGACCGUUUGCAGGGCGGCUACUACGGCGGGAAAGCGGCAGGAAUUGACUGGUGGGCAGAGGAAACGAUGAAGGUGACGAUUCGACAGUCGUCCCUGCAAAAGUGAGUCAUGAUUUGGGAUCGGGUGGCCCGCCGGAAUACGUGCUGCGAUCUUCCGUCCUCCCCGUUCUGCUAGAUUGUGGAGCUGACGAUCCGACUCCUACUCGGCGUGCGUUAGGUUCACGGCCAAAGAGCAACCUGUUUGGAACCAAGCCGCUCGUUUAAACUGGCCCCGAAUCUAUGUCCAGGUACGUCGCGAACACCUCCCUGGGUCAGGAACGAUCCGAGAAAUUCCUGUCCUAACCUGCGUUUUCCUCGACUCUUCGGGCAGAACAUGGCUCUUCGACAAGGCACCGACUGUGGCUCGGAUGUUUGGUUUGCGUUCGAAUACUUUGCCGAUGGACGCGAUUGCACCAUUCCGGUCUGGAGUGGCCCCGAACAUAAAGCAAAGUUCGGCGCACCCGUUUCGAAAGUGCAGGCGAACCGCCGUGCUCCUCCGCCACCCCGCAAGCGAUGA